GCUGCUCAGUGGCCGACUGGGAACCCGCGGUCUGCAGAGCGGGCGCGCGCACCAAGGGUCGCGCGGCUGCCGAGCGGGGCGUGCGCGCGCGGGGAGGGAGUGGAGGCGUCAGGGGGGCGGGGGGACGGCUCGCUCGCUUGCUCGCAAGAUGGCGGACGAGGACGGGGAAGGAAUUCACCCCUCGGCCCCUCACAGGAACGGCGGCGGCGGCGGCGGUGGCGGGAGCUCGGGGCUCCACUGCGCCGGCAACGGCGGCGGGGGCGGCGGCCCUCGGGUCGUGCGCAUCGUCAAGUCUGAGUCCGGCUACGGCUUCAACGUGCGGGGCCAAGUGAGCGAGGGCGGGCAGCUGCGGAGCAUCAACGGGGAGCUGUACGCGCCGCUGCAGCAUGUGAGCGCCGUGCUGCCCGGGGGUGCUGCCGACCGGGCCGGGGUGCGCAAGGGGGACCGCAUCCUGGAGGUGAACGGCGUGAAUGUUGAGGGGGCGACACACAAGCAGGUGGUGGACCUGAUCCGAGCAGGAGAGAAGGAAUUGAUCUUGACAGUGUUAUCUGUACCUCCUCAUGAGGCAGAUAACCUAGAUCCCAGUGAUGACCCGUUGGGACAGUCAUUUUAUGAUUACACAGAAAAGCAAGCAGUGCCCAUAUCCGUCCCCACAUACAAACAUGUGGAGCAGAAUGGUGAGAAGUUUGUGGUGUACAACGUUUACAUGGCGGGGAGGCAGCUGUGUUCUAAGCGGUACCGGGAGUUUGCCAUCCUACACCAGAACUUGAAGAGGGAGUUUGCCAACUUUACAUUUCCUCGACUUCCUGGAAAGUGGCCGUUCUCCUUAUCAGAACAACAGUUAGAUGCUCGACGUCGAGGAUUAGAAGAAUAUCUAGAAAAGGUGUGUUCAAUACGAGUUAUUGGUGAGAGUGACAUCAUGCAAGAAUUCCUAUCAGAAUCAGAUGAGAACUACAAUGGUGUGUCUGACGUAGAACUGAGAGUAGCAUUACCAGAUGGAACAGCUGUUACAGUCAGGGUUAAAAAGAACAGUACUACAGACCAAGUAUAUCAGGCUAUCGCAGCAAAGGUGGGCAUGGACAGUACAACAGUGAAUUAUUUUGCCUUAUUUGAAGUGAUUAAUCAUUCCUUUGUACGUAAGUUGGCACCUAAUGAAUUUCCUCAUAAACUCUACGUUCAGAAUUAUACAUCAGCUGUGCCUGGCACCUGCCUGACCAUUCGAAAAUGGCUUUUCACAACAGAAGAAGAAAUUCUCUUAAAUGACAAUGACCUCGCUGUUACCUACUUCUUUCAUCAAGCCGUCGAUGAUGUGAAAAAAGGUUACAUCAAAGCAGAGGAAAAGUCCUACCAAUUACAGAAGCUGUAUGAACAAAGAAAAAUGGUCAUGUACCUCAACAUGCUAAGGACCUGUGAGGGCUACAAUGAAAUCAUCUUCCCACACUGUGCCUGUGAUUCAAGGAGAAAGGGGCACGUGAUCACAGCCAUUAGCAUCACACACUUUAAACUGCAUGCCUGUACGGAAGAAGGGCAGCUGGAGAACCAGGUAAUCGCAUUUGAAUGGGACGAGAUGCAACGAUGGGAUACAGAUGAAGAAGGAAUGGCCUUCUGUUUUGAAUAUGCACGUGGAGAGAAGAAGCCUCGAUGGGUUAAAAUCUUCACACCAUAUUUCAAUUAUAUGCAUGAAUGCUUUGAGAGGGUUUUCUGCGAGCUCAAAUGGAGAAAAGAGGUAACUGUAAACAGUCUUGAAUCGACGUCUUCAUCUUUGUUUAAAAGGCACAGGCCUCUGUCCAAAUGCCUGGGGCCCUCCCUUCCAUGGCAUUUCUCUGAGAAUAUGGGUUAGACGGUAUCCUCUCUGAGCCAGGACGCGCUUCCAGAGAGGUUAGCCUUCCCAUGCUGAAUGGACUGUGCAAACAAACAAACAAACAAACCCUGCUUCUUCUCUUUCCUCGAGGGCGGCCACUAGCUGCAUUUUGUUCCAUCUCCUGACUUCAUGGACCCUCUGCUAUUUUGAUGGUGGUGGUGGUGGUAUCUGCUGUUGUCUGUAUGCCAGUGCUUGGGCAGAACUUGGAUGCUUCUGGCCAGUUAGCUGCCUAUUCUCAAAGAAAUGGUCUAUGUAGAAAGUCCAAUUCAGGAACAUGAAUAAUGUACAUUAUUGGUGUAAUAGGAAGAUAUCAGACACUGGGAAUCAGUUCUGGAUUAUCUCCUAGAUUUUUUCCCUCACUGACGACUUUGAGCAAAUCACAGUUCCUAGAUGUCGACCACAGGAAGGCUGGCCCAUGGUAAUCUCUAGCCACGGCCCCUUCUAUCUCCGAGAGACUGGAUUCUAGAAGUGCUCUCUAGGAAGAGGCUAACCAGAUGGAUCCAUCCCACCUCUGCUGAUUCUGUUUGAGGGGUUUUCUCCAGGUGAGGAAAUGGGGACACCUCAGGCUCCCCAGUAACUCUUUUUUUUUUUCUUCCUUUCAGAACAUUUUCCAGAUGGCGAGGUCACAGCAGAGGGAUGUGGCCACCUAGCCUUUCUUUCUCCCCCUUGCCUUCACCCUCAUCAUCUCAUCCUUUUCAUCUCCCAUGUAGACAGAGUAACCAUUAACAAAAACAAAAAAAGAAGAGAAAAAGGGGGGGAAAAGUUACUAUAUUCAAAAGCCCUCCACUAAAUAUUAUUAAUAAUUCUUCUGAACCCCAUGUCUCUGCAAUUGAGCUGGUAGAGAACAGCAAGGCUGGUCAGCCCCCAGCACCCACUAAGUUAAGGCAGGAAAAGAAACAGCCCAGUCACCUCGCCAAAGGUAUCCCUGUCCUCCCAUCUGGGCCUCACACCAACAGACCCUCCAUGCUCUCUGUUUUUAAAACUGGAACUAUGAACUCCAUCCAUUUGCACUGUUCAGACAUAUAUAUGUAUGUAUGUAUGUAAAAAAAAAUUAUAUAUACACAAAUUAGCUGCACGUAUAUACAUAUAUAUAUUUCUUUUAAAUUUCAUAUCGAUGGCAGUACCUUUUUUAGCUUGUGUUUUUACACACCUUUCACUAGAAUCCACUUCUCUCUCUAACGCUCUCUUUGUUUUGAAACAAACUUUAAAAAAAAGGAAAAAAUAUAUUUUACAGGGAAAAAUACCUCUCCUCGUGAAGGACUCGAAAAGUUUACAACCUGCUUGGGUUUUUCCCCUCCUUUAUUAUUUUUAUUUUUUUUUUUAAUUUUUUUAUCACGUGAAGAUCCAGCUUGGUUGCCAUGGAGUCUGGGGAGCAAGGAGCUAGUUUCCUUGAUCUUCCAAGAGGCUGCUGAACAGGAGAAAGAGCUAUGCUUCUAGAAAACAGCAAAGCCACAGGUGUGCAGGGGGGUCUUUAGGCUUGGCAUAAGCUCUUGGUUUCAAGGCAGUUUCCCCAGUCCAUCUCUCUGCCCCAUCUAGCUUCCUGAUCAGACCUCAUUCUCCUCCUUGCUCCCUAAGGGCCCCUUGAGUGCUUUUCCUAGACUGGCCAAGCAGAGAGGGGAGGAAACCACAGGAACUUAGACACAUCACAGUCAUCACUGGCCACCUCUCUGUCAUGUUUGAAGCAGGUAUAGUUUGAGGGAUCAGAGCUAAAGCUGAUGGCUGCAGGCACAAAGACUGGACUUAGGGAGGGAAAGGAAGAAACGUCCCAUGUAUAUAAACUUUCCCCACUCCACUCUUGCCCAGUAGUCACCCAUGACUGUCACUUUCUCUGUGACUUUUUAAACAGUAGGGCUGGAGGCUGACCUGCUAAUGUCCCAAGGGCUUGAAAAUGUGGAGUGGGUCCGAAUCUUUGCCAGCCAAACCAUAGCACCCCCACCCCAAGCCAACAGGAAGGAGCAGUAGGGAUAGGACUCAUUGGGGCUGGGCCUCAACUUUCACUUAAAAGGAAACUGAGGGGAGACCUCUUUGUCUCUCAGAGAUCUCCUCCUCUGACCCUGCGGGUAAACCUUUCCAGACCCAGAAGAGCUGGGAGCAGAGGUAACAGGCAGGGCAACAUCCUCAACCCAGGCUGUGUUGCUGUGACAUUGCAAGCUGAGUCAGGUCCUGAUGGAGCUGAAACACAUCUUUGAGCCUUCUUUUUCCCUUCUCCACCCUUUGAAUAAAAACCUCCACUGGGUGGCACCUCUUGCUUUGUCUAACUGGGAGGUAGCCACAGUUGGUGGUUUGAAAUUUUGUUUUUUUGUUUUUGUAGCUUGUUUUUGCACAUCACCUUGAUGCCACCUCUCCUCCCGUCCCCCUCUGCGAUCCUGACAGCUGCUUGCCCCAAGGGAUUGCAGCAUCAUAUAGAACCUCCUGUCCUCCCUCCCCUUCUCCAUUUCCAGGAGGCAUCACAGAACUGCAGACAGCAUUUCCCUGAUCUGCAGGCUGUCUCAGACUAACUUCAAUUGGCUUCCAUUGAUAAUGAGCCAGAAGACCCUGGGAAGGAGCUCUGCUGAGUUCCCAUGCCAGGGUGCUAAAGUGGCUUCUGGAGAAAGAAAGAAAAAAAGGCUUCUGACACCAGCUUUGUCCCCCUUGUGAAAAUAGCAGUAGCCUGUUCUUCCUCCUUACCAUGAGAGAAGUCCCUGUGUCCGCCCAAGUGCUGACCUCCCACGGUGAGAUGUGGGGUUCCCUUAGAAGGAGGCCCCAGAAGGGGUAGGUGCUGCUCUGUUCCCUCUCUGGCCAGGCAACUGCAUAGUACCUUUGGGCAGAAUCUGUGUAGGAACCGACUCUAGUCAAUUCUCUUCUUGAGGCUUGGCUGCUAACAGAGUGCCAAGUUGUGGCUGGAGGGGGCACAAGAGGGUGGCCCUGGCAACGGCGCCUUCUUCUGCAAGGUGGCCAUUCAUUUUGGUGCCUGUGAAGCUCCACAGACUUGAGCUCUUUGCAUCAAGCAGUGUUAGUGUAACACUCUUUCCCUACCCCAUUCCCCAUUUCCUUAGUCUAGUCCCCAACUUGGUCCUGGGUUCUGCCCAAGGCGGCUUCUAUCCAGUCUUUGCUCUCUGUUGUUCUCCUUGCCACACUCAGUUUCUAACCUUUGUGGUAAGAGCUAGAAUUUCUUUUGUGGAUCAGGAGAAGAUACAGGCCAUGAGAAACGUUCCUUUGGGCCAGACCUAGGGCUUUUUGCUCCCCCCCCCCUUUUAGUUUACUCUCUGUCAUUCUGCCCUCCCCUUGCCCAAUGCUGAAUGUCAGCAUAGAGGAGUGCUCAGGGUGGCUCCUAGGCCUGGAAAGAGCUCUCAGGGAGGAAUUACGUAGCUAAGGCCUCAUCACCCCUUGACUGGCCCAGCUGGCUUCACUGUUAGCCAGGCCAACAUCUUGGGCCCUCCCCCUCUUACUGCACCAAACCCCGUGAUUGGAGUAGCAAGACAGGACAUUGACAGGUGGUGACAACUCCCUCUCUCAUUGCAGAAUGGGCCAGCUAAGGGGCCUGGCUCCCAGGAGUCCGUUUUCUCAAAGGCACUUGCAUCCUAGUUGACAUAAAGUCCCAGACCCAGAGGGACUACUGUGCCCUCACCUUUCUCCAUCUUGCUGUCAGCUGAGCUCAGCAGAGAAACCGUUUGGUCUGCUGGACUCCAAGUUACUGCUAGGUCCCUUCACCAGAUCCAUUGUGUCACCUUAGCUUCCUUUGGGAGGAAAGGAGGCUGAUGUGUUUGAACACUGAGAGAGAAUAGAGGCAGGGGGCCAAAUGUGUUAGCUCCCUGCCUUCCUUUCCACCUCCUCCCUUUCUCUAAGUCUGAGCAUAUCACAUCAGCCAUGCUCUACCAGAAUGGCAACAACUCCUCAGCAAUAAUCCGGGGUGUGGUGGGGAGCCUUGGACUGGAGGGAAGAGCAGAACUCAGAGGAGGAGUGACUUGGGGUUAAGGCACUGGCCAACUGCUAAACUUGGACAUUAGUUUUAUAUCAUGCCCCCCUUCUAAGCCAGUGAGCUGGGCUUCAGUUCCCCUGCCCCACCCUCCACACCCUGGCCAUGCACACUUUUAAUUUAUUUGAGAGAAACUCUAAUUGUAUUUUCACUGCAGUAUCUUGUAUUUUUUAUUUGUGAUUUAAGAAAUGUGAAAAGAAAAUACACAGACACAUAAUGGCUAACAGUGUUUCUUUCAUUCCUUGUUCUAGAGCUAACCACUCUAAAAUUGUUUGGUAAUGUCACUUAGUGUAAUUAAUUGUAACAUAUUAUUUUAAAUAAAUUGAUUUAUUGAUUAAACUAUC